GGGUCCAUCUAGCGGCCGUCGAGGGCCAGCGCCGGCCCGCGGGAGCUCAAGGCGCUUCUUACCGAGCCCCUUGUUUGUGAAAGGCGGAGUCGCGUAUUUAUCUCGGGAGACUGGGCAGCUUCGCCAGGCGGUGCCGAUCGGGUCUGGAGUUACAGACACCGCAGAGGUGAAAUGUUCACUCCCCAGCGGUCUGGGAGCACACAACCAGACCCUCAUUGGUCUCUGCCAGCUGGCUCUGAGCAGCAGAAACGUCAGCCAGGAGACAUCAUUCCUGUCCGAAUGGAAGACAUCCGCUGAUUACUGAAAUCUCUACUUUCCUGUCACUGGGGCUUCUCAUGAAGGUCUGAAAUCAGCAGAACUAGGAGCAAUGGUGUGGAAGUGACAAAGGGGAGCCUGAGAUGUGAGAGUGAAAAGGAAACAUGUCAGAGACAUAGAUACACAAUCAGAAGGAAGAAGAUUUGCCUUAUUUUUUCAUUUCUUUUUGUUUUGUUUCAUUUGAAAGUAGACAGUUGCAAAGAAAAUAAAAUAAACAAAACAACCACCUAAAAUGACUUUACUGCACAUGCACCUGCAUUUCACUGGCUUGGUCUUCUGGAUGAUACCGAAAUCAAGCUCUUUUGUGCUGCCCAAUGCCACCGAGCUUCUGUACCCCUCCAGCAACAUGAAGGCUGGCUUGGUGUCCGGCCUUGGGGUGCCAAGGAGUCGCCAAAAGCGAUACAUCUCUCCGCGGGACAUGAGUGUUCUUUUGGACUACCACAACCAAGUGCGGGCACAGGUAUCUCCACCAGCGGCCAACAUGGAGUAUAUGGUGUGGGAUGAGAGACUGGCCAAGUCUGCUGAAGCCUGGGCUGUACAGUGCAUAUGGGACCAUGGGCCGCCCCAGCUGAUGAGAUACAUUGGUCAGAACCUCUCCAUUCACUCUGGCAGGUACCGGUCAGUCGUGGAUCUUGUGAAAUCUUGGUAUUAUGAGAAACAGCAUUACUCCUUCCCCUACCCUCGUGACUGCAACCCCAGCUGCCCCUCCAAAUGCAGUGGUUCUGUCUGCAGCCAUUACACCCAGAUGGUGUGGGCCUCCUCCAACAGAAUUGGCUGUGCCAUCAACACCUGCACCAAUAUGAAUGUGUGGGGCAGCACCUGGCGGCAGGCGGUGUACUUAGUGUGCAACUAUGCCAUCAAGGGCAACUGGAUAGGAGAAGCUCCUUACAAGGUGGGGAGACCGUGCUCGGCCUGCCCACCCAGUUACGGUGGUGUCUGCAGCAACAACAUGUGCUUCACGGGACUCAAAUCCAACAAAGUGAGCUGGUUCUGAGCCACCGAGAGCGCUUCCCGGCGGCUGGAGAAGUGGAGCGGCGGCUGGCGACAGGAGAGCGUGGGAAAUGCCAUGUACAAUGUUGUGUAAACUAGGAGAAUUAUUUAUAACAGUGACAUUCCAGGCUGCUUCCCCCUACCCCACCCCAGCUGCAUUUAGGAAGCGUUAGUCAGUAACUGCUCUAAAGAGCUGGCAGGAUCUUUCCCUAUGGUUAUUCUGUUCUCUCCCGGCUGUAGCUCCCUCCCCUAGCGCUGUGGAGGGAAUGGCUGUGCUGUCACUUUGUCUCUGUGUUACACAGCUCCCGGGGGAGCGCAUGGGCUGGGGUUCCUCUGGGGGCAGUAGGUGCGGUUAGGUUCCCAGGGUAGCAGAGUGUCCAGGGAGCAGUCGUGGUGGGAUGUCUGUCCUCUUCCCAGCUCUGUGGUGCCCCCUCCCCUCAGCUCACAUGUAAGGCAGAUGAUCCUUGUCAAUAAUGCUCCUCUGAGCAUCCCCCAUAACUGAUGGUCCAGGGAGGAGCUGGCAGGGCUGAGCAAGCAGUGGGGAGGACACUGCGCACCCACGGCCUCCCUUGUCAGUGGCUCCACAUUCAUCCUCCCCCAACGUAACAAUAAGCCUCUUUGUCAGAACUUUACAAUAAAAGUCUUGGGAUCAAAGUGUUUGUGCCUGUCUCUGCUGCUGGCCCAUCCCUGGGGAACGCGCCCUUGCAACACAGAGCAACCCCUCGGCUUCGGCUUCCUCUUUGGAGCAAGA